UACACAAGUAAAUUACCUUAAAAGGAGGAAUUAAAAAGUUACCUUAGAUUUGCUAGCUACUAACAAACAUGUUGGCUACUUAUCUACUAUUAGGAGCAGUGACACCAUUCAUCAUUCUUGAUAUUUGGUAUAGAGGAAUAUAUUUGUUUUGGAUAAUGAAGGUAUCAAUAAUUACAUACCUUGUCAUAUUUGGGCUUUUACCCAUUAUAUUUCAUUACUCUUAUACCAUACAGAAGAGAAUCCUUUUUUUAAAUUUUGUAAACUGGCCUCUUAAUGUAGAUUUUUCAAAACCAGAGUCAGUUGGAAUGAGAGGUGCAAGAAACUUUUAUUUAAUAACUGAUCAACAAGUAAAAAUAGGUGCAUGGCAAGUACUACCCCAUUCUUUGUUAGAUGAUUCCACUCUUGCAACUGAUGAAGAUUACGAGACAGUAUUAAGCAAUGCCAAGCAACCCGUUUUUCUUUAUAUGCAUGGUAAUAGUGGCAAUAGAGCAAGUAGUCAUCGUUUGGAACUGUAUAAACUUUUUCAGUCAUUAGAUUAUCAUGUUAUAUGCUUUGAUUAUAGAGGCUAUGGUGAUAGUGAAGAAGCAGAACUUUCUGAAGUGGGUGUAGUGGCAGAUAGUAAAUAUGUACUUGAAUGGUUACUCAAUAAAGUGAACGGUUCAAUAUCAGAAGAUUACGUGAACUACACAAAUUAUUUUGUUAUUUACAGUGUUUCUACUCAUGUAUUAGCAUUAUUAGCAGCAAAAAAUAUUCAACCUGCAGGUUUGUUCUUGGAAUCACCAUUCAAUAAUAUUGCAGAAGAAUUAAGUGAACACCCAUUAGCACAGAUUUUUAAACAUUUACCUUGGUUCCAUUGGGUAAUUGUUGAAUCAUUUUACAAGAAUAAUCUCCGUUUUGAAUCAGAUAAACACAUAAAAAAUGUUCAAUGUCCUGUUAUGAUAUUACAUGCUGAAGAUGACCAUGUUGUACCAUUCUUUUUAGGUGAAAAGUUGUAUGAAGCAGCUAUAAGUUACCAUGGUAACAAUACCAAUCUAGUUCAGUUUAUACGAAUAGAUUCAUCACACGGUCUUGGUCAUAAAUAUAUAUGUCGCUACAAAGAACUACCAAAUGUGAUUAAAUCAUUUGUAGCGGGACCACAUAAAAAUCAGACUGAGUAA